UUUUGGCCGAUUGUGUGUUCACUGUUACACUCCUUCGCCAGUUGGACCUUCCUGAACGGCAUCGCAAAAAAGAAAUAAAAAAGGCCGUUUUGUACUCGCGUCAAAGAAGAGUUCGAGAACAGCGCGACCCGAAAUAAUGAGUGCAGACGAAGGCGGAGGGACGGCCCCGAUGCCGGUCACAAAUGGCGACCAGUCGCAAAAUACGCCCGAACCAUCUGUCCUGGCGACUCCAGGCAAGCGAAAGCGUGUCGCGAGUCACGACGAGAAGGCCGCCCCAGACACUGGCGCUUCUGCGACGCAAUCGCAAGAAAAGGCAAAAUUACAGGAGACGCUACGCAAUUUGGUGGACAUUCUUAGCAAGAGUGAUGCCGAUUUGCAUCUUCUAUCCUGCCCUCUACCGUCGUCGCCGGCAAAACCACGUUCGAAACGCGCAAAGGUGUCCGGUGAUAAAGACGAGAGUUCGAGUAUUCAAGCACGGGUGGCGUCAGACCGAUACGGCAGUUUGUCGGAGUUUUUGAGCGAUAUUGAGAAGGCGUCGGCAGCGGUGAUAGAGCGGAACAAAGCUCAGGCAACGCCUGCUUCAGCUGACGGAUCGCCUCUGACGGAGACUGUCAACCGCAUUGCGGCAUUCAAGAAACUCCUGAAUAGCCUUGUUCGCCAGGCACAUGUGAGCCAGGCCAACAUCAAGACUGAAGCGUCGGAAGAGGACGGAGAAGCCCCAGCGAAAUCUACUCCGACUAAUGUUGAGACCCGUAAUGACAGCCUUGUGUUGACAUUGUUUGGGAACCCCGCAAAUCCAAAACAACUCUACUCAAGCUUGCAGAAGACCGUCAAAGUUCCACUACCUUCGGAUGACGCUAAUGCAGAGAAAUUUGUGGAGGUGCAAGCGCCCUUGCGCGAAAUCGGUUUGCCCAACGGGAUCUCCACCACAAAGGUGCAGCCACUUGAAGCAGAGACUGCUGUCAAAGAACAUAAGAGAACUUUCGGCGAUGUGUUCGCGCCUCGUGCAACACUGCCCCAGUUAGAGGCGCCUCGCAAAUCCAGAACUUCUACGCGCAAUGCUACCAACGGCUGGAUCGAUCCUUUCGAAGCUAUCACCGACUAUAAGGCCUUCCUCGGGGGUCGCAAUAACUACUGCCUUGCACCUCUCCCCUCGGGACAUUGGCUUCAGUAUGGUGGGGUCACGUCCUCUCCGUCUGUCUGGAGCCGUCGGCAGAAACAGCAUUCUUCUCAACAAGCGGGCGAUGACGUUCCAACCGAUGACCCUGCUCUGAUUAUCGACGAGGAUGCUGCCCUCUUGCAAGGAGUGUACUCCUCUUUUGCUCCUUCGUUCGAUAGCUCUGGAGCUGUGGAACAAGCCGACACAAAAAAUCUGGUAUGGUGGAGCAAACGUGGAGCAAGGCGUUUGAACACACUCCUCUCGUUGCCGUACGUGGAAGAUGAACAGAAAGAUUCCACCUCAGUCCAGCCCGGAAGUAUCGGCGAUCUUGACGAGUCCACUCUCGAGGAGAUGGUGAAAACGUUCAACCCCGACGAUUUCGCGGACAAUAUCGUGCAUACAGAUAAAACUACGGAAAAGGACGCUCAAGAGCGAGAAAUGGACGACGUAUUGCGCGAUGUCUCUGAUCUGCUAGAGACCCUUAGCUCCUACCAAAAGAUUCGGAGUUUGGAGACUACGGCUUCUAGCGGUCAAGGAACUGAGCCUAAUGAAACAACGCCCGAUGUCACAGGAGCAGACACUCCGUCGUCGGCAGAGCAGACUGUGUAUGAGACGCUCAAGUCAAGUCUAGCAGCUCUUGUCGCAACUCUGCCACCUUACGCUGUUUCCAAGUUGGACGGUGACCAGCUGGCCGAGCUGAACAUUAGCCAAACGAUCCUGAUUGAGAAUCCUGAGUAUCAGGGCACAAUGGAAAAGGAUGACUAUGCUUUGCAGCAGGAGCGUGCCGCUGCCCUGGCUGCUACCAGUGGUGCGAAUAGAACUUCAACUCCUUCACGUUCCGGUAGCUUCCAGGCGCAGUUCAACCAACGAUCAUUCACGGCCAACGCGCGAACGCAGCCUCAGACUUUCCAGUCGCCACAACCUUACUAUGGGGCAAGGCAGAGCUCCACGCCAGCGCCAUACACUCCUGGUCAUCCCCAGCAAUUCGCUGGAGCCCGCCCUCCGUCAACGCCGCAGCAGCGACCAGGCUACUUCCCUGGAUACGCGCAGCAGCCCACCCCGCAGUACAAUCAGUACCAACGUCCCGGCCAGAACGGCUACCACCCUUACCCGGGACAACAGGGGCCUCCCGCCGCGGGUCAGGGAUCUCCGCAGCCCUACACACCGCGUCCCGGACAACCUGCGCCCUAUAACGCACCCUUUGCGGCCGGUCGCAGCGCAUCCCCCCAGAAACCUCCUUCUUACGCUACCCCCCGAGGCUCCUUCGGUCCUCCAGGCUCAGCCAACCCACAACAACGGUUCGUGCCGCAACAACAACAACAACAACAACAACAACAACCAGGCCAGCAGCCCCCUCCAUACGGAAACUACCCGUCGAACCAAGCCCCACCGCCAUCGGGAGGUUAUUCCAACUCAGCUGCGGCCAUGACCUAUGCCCGGAGCGCUGCCGAGCAGGCCAUCAUGAUGGAGAGGAACAAAGUGCAAUUAGCAGCAGCAGCUCAAAACCGACCCAGUUCAGCGACACCACAGCCAUCAGGCGAAGCCUCCCAAGAACGAAGUGCAACGCCAGGAAGCAAGCAGAACGGCACGCCAGCACCAUGAUGAGCGGGGGAUAUGAUGAGACACGGUCGAGAUGUAGGGAUAUGCGUUUGAUUAACUCUAACUUUAUUAU